AUGCAGAACAAUAUAGAUCCUCAUCUUGACCUAACUGGUAAAUUAAUUAUAAAAGUUAGUUUAGGGGAUGAUAUUAGAAGAAUACCUAUACACAAUGAAGAUAUAACUUACGAUGAGUUAGUAUUGAUGAUGCAGAGGGUAUAUAGAGGAAAAUUAGGAACAAAUGAUGAUAUAAUAAUCAAAUAUAAAGAUGAAGAUGGUGAUCUUAUAACAAUAUUUGAUAGCUCAGAUUUGUCUUUUGCUAUUCAAUGUAGUAGAAUAUUGAAAAUAACAUUAUUUGUAAAUAACAUACCAAAACCCUUAGAAAGUGAUGAAGUUAAGUUAAUCAAAAGAGAAUUACAAUUGAUUCGUGAUAGAGUCAAUAGAUUAUUAGAUAGACUAGAACCACCAGCCACUGCGGUUUCUAGUUCAACAGAUAUUUCAUCCAAACAAGUAAAUAAUGGUGGGUAG